AUGCAAUACAAUUUUGGUGAACUCAAGUGGACAUCUACCUCACUUACUAUAUCACCAGAUAUAAGAAAUUCAGAUGAUCAAAAUUAUCAAGAAUUAAUUAUACAUGGUACUAGAAAAGAAAGUGAAACUAUCCCUGAAGGUCGCAUAUGCCAUUCAGGGUUUGGUACGCAUGUUACUUGUGGAAAUAUAAAAGCUUUUACUGGAUUUUAUUUAGAUAAAAAUAAAAUUACAGAUAUGCGAACCGCUAUAGAAGAUUUAGGUGGUCCUGUAUUUCUUUAUACUCCAAAGAAAUUGAUCUAUUUGGCAUACAA